AAACCUUUUAAACAUUAAACCCUGAAAAAAAAAAAAAACCCUUAAACCCUAAACCCUAAAUCAAAAAACUUGCCACGCCGCCGCCGCCGCCGCCUUGAUGAUUAGAAAACCGACGGGCACGUUCAAGCACCAACUCUUGUUCUCCUCCUCCUCCUCCUCCUCCUACAGCAGCUGUAGGAGGAGGAGGAUUCCAGCACCAGCACCAGCACCAGCACCAGCACCAGCGGACAACCUCCCUUGCCAGCUCUUCGCCAUCCUCUGCCGCCCAAACUGGCAAAAACACCCCUCCCUCAAAGCCCUUAUCCCCUCCAUAUCCCCCUCCCACGUCUCCUCCCUCUUCUCCCUCAACCCGGUCCACCCCCGAACCGCCCUCCACUUCUUCACCUGGCUCGCCCACAACCACCCCAAAUUCCACCACAACGUCCACUCCCACUCCUCCCUCCUCGCCCUCCUCCUCCGCAACGGCUUCUCCUCCGGCCCCGCCGAGAGGGUCCGCAUUUCCAUGAUUAAGGCUUCAAUUUCUAACGCCGACGCCCGGUUCGUGCUGGACCGGUUGCGCCGGUUCAAGCACGAAUUCGGGUUCAACAUCACUCUCAGGUGUUAUGAUUCUCUUUUAUUCUCAGUUUCCAAGUUGUUAGGGAUUCAAGAUUUGAAAAUGUUGUAUUUGGAAAUGCUGGAGGAUAAAAUCUCCCCUGAUUUGCAUAUAUAUAAUAUCAUGGUGAAUGCUUAUUGUAGAUUAGGCAAUGUAGUUGAGGCUGGUGUCUAUGUUGGUAAGAUCGUUGAGGCGGGUUUGAAGCCGAAUACCAAUACUUUCAAUUCUUUGAUAAUGGGGCAUUGUAGGAAUAAGGAUGUGGAUAGUGCUUACAGGACUUUUAAGGCCAUCCCCAACAAGGGUUGUGCAAGAGAUGUGGUUUCCUACAAUGUGUUGAUACACGGGCUCUGUGAGGCUGGCAGGAGUCACGAGGCGUUUGAGUUGUACUCUAAUAUGGAGAAGGAUGAGUGUUUACCAGAUGCGCCCACGUAUAAUGUUCUUAUUCAUGCAUUGUGUAGAGGGGGGAGGAGAUUGGAAGGGAUGAGUUUGUUUAAGGAGAUGAAAGAGAAGGGUUGUGAGCCUAGUGUAAAUACUUAUAAUGUGCUCAUUACUAGCCUGUGUGACGAAAACAAGCUUCAGUAUGCUAGCAAGGUUCUAGACCUGAUGUCGGGGAAAGGGUUGGUUCCCGAUGUUGUCACCUACAAUGCAUUGAUUGAUGGGUAUUGCAAGGAGGGAGCGGUUGAGGCUGCGUUUGGGAUUCUGGGUUUGAUGGAAUCUAACAACUGUCGUCCAAAUGCUCGCACCUUUACUGAAUUGAUUCAUGGGUUUUGUAAAAGGAAUAAUGUGCACCAGGCAAUGGCGCUUCUUGAUAGGAUGCUUGAACGGAAGCUCUCACCAGACCGGAUUACAUAUAAUUCAUUGAUCAAUGGGCAGUGUAAAGCAGGUCAUGUAGAUAGUGCUUAUAGGUUGCUUAGUUUGAUGAAACAUAGUGGUUUAGUUCCUGACCAGUGGACUUACAGUGUUAUCAUCGACAGUCUCUGUAAGUUGGGGAGAUUAGAAGAAGCUCAAGUCCUCUUCGAUUCUCUCAAGGACAAAGGCAUCAAGUCUAAUGAAGUGAUAUUUACUGCUUUACUUGAUGGUUACUGCAAGGUUGGGAAAAUCGAUGAUGCUCGCACUUUAUUUAAUAGAAUGCUUGCCGAGGGUUGUUUCCCAAACUCAUAUACUUACUGUGCCUUCCUAGGUGGGCUGUGCAAAGAGGGAAAAACAAAGGAAGCAUUAUCAGUGGUGGAACAGAUGCUAAGUAGUGGUGUGAAGCCUACAGUCCACACUUGUAACGUUCUAAUUAACCAUGUGCUGAAAGAAGGGGAUUUCAACCAUGCUCAGAGGUUUUUGAAUGAAUUUGUUUCUCUUGGUUACCGACCUGAUGCAGUUAUGUACGGUACAUUUGUUCAUGCAUAUUGCAGCAUAGAUAAUAUAAAAGAAGCAGAGAAGGUAAUGACUAAGAUGGAUGAAGAAGGAAUUUCUGCAGAUUCAUUGACAUACGCAUUUUUAAUCGAGGCAUAUCUUCGUUUGGGAUUAAUAGAUUCUGCAUUUGAUGUCUUUAAGCGCAUGUUUGAUGCUCAUUGCAACCCUUGUCAUCGCAUCUAUUACUUGCUCAUCAAACACCUGUCAAAUGAAAAGUUGCUGCAGACCGACGAAAAUGUAGUAGGACUUCAUAUGGUUUCAAGUGUCCCAUCAGCUGAUAUGUGGAAGACAGUGGAUUUUGAAAUUGCUUUAGAGCUCCUUGAGAAGAUGAAUGAACAUGGUUGUGCACCGAAUGUGAAAACUUACGGCGAGCUUAUAGUAGCACUUUGCAAAGUUAGGAACUUGGAAGUAGCCCGUAAGUUGUAUGCUCAUAUGAGAGAUACCAGCAUUUCUCCUAGUGAGGAUAUUUGUAACUCUCUUCUUAAAUGUUGCUGCGAGUUGAAAGUGUAUGGAGAAGCAGCUAUUCUGGUGGACGCUAUGAUUCAGCUUGGUUAUUUACCAGCAUUGGAGUCGUGCAAAUUGCUUGUAUGUGGACUUUUUGAAGAAGAGAAUAACGAGAAGGCAAAUUCUGUUUUCUGCAGAAUUCUUUGUUGCGCGUAUAACUACGAUGAAGUAGCCUGGAAAGUUCUUCUUGAAGGUUUACUUAAGAGGGGUCAUAUCAAUAGAUGCUCUGAGAUGGUAACCGUCAUCGAAAAUAUGGGUUACAAGCUUCAUCCUGAGACCUAUUCAAUGUUAAUUGAGGGAUUUGAUGGAAUAUAAUACUGAUCUUCAAUGUUGUUUUA